UCUCUUCCUUCUACAACAGACCAGCAGACCUGUUAUAUUCCGCUUGUAUAUUUCAGGAUAUUCACAGCACCAAAUUUCGCGUAAUAAUACAAAGGGGCAAAAAUAAAAGGUUUGGAUUAAUAAUGUUAUUGUAAUAACACAUCCUAUUGUCUAAUUGUUUUAAAAUGAGACACCAGUAGGUGGGAGUCGUGUUUGCGAUCUCUAGUGAAGUCACGAAGAAGAAUGAGCCGAACAGGAAGUCAAUAUUUUAGAGGAAACCAGCGUAAGCUGUCUUUUGUUUUGUUUUGUGUUUGUUUUUCUGUACCAAAUUACCAGACUUUUGUAUAAUUGUAACUGGACAUUUUACUCGAUAAGUUAAGCGUUUUAUAGUUUAAUUGUAUUAAGUUAUUUGUCCAUAAGUACUGGCGACAUUUGGCGUUUGCUGUGAAUUAGCUUAUUGGGCUAACAACAGAGCUAACAGGCCUAAAGGCCAUCUGUUCAUUGUGUGCUCGUUAGAAAGUCAUACUGUUUUAAUCCAGCAGUUGAUUUCGGUUCGUAAAUAUCGGAUACCUCAGUGAACAAAGCGCCCGGACUGCUGUCAUUCGUUUAAUUUCAAACUAAACUCGGCUAUACCGGCUAACGGCUUUUAUUGUAUCGCUGAGUUGUCUGGUCCCAAAAUUAGAAACGGGGAGCUGUCAGUAAGUUGACAAAGGGACAGCAUCGCUACAAAAUAACAAAAGGAGAGCUGGUAGCUAUGUACGCCCCGCCGGGUCCAACUGUCCCCGGAGGCCGGAGGAGGAGAACGGGCACUUCACUGCCUAAGCAGCCGGAGCGGAGCCUGGUGUCCGCUCUGCCCGGAGCGCUGUCCAUCACGGCGCUUUGCACGGCUCUGGCCGAGCCUGCCUGGCUGCGUGUGCACGGAGGCGCCUGUCCCAAGCAAGAGCUGGGGGUCGCGGAUGUGUUGGGCUACAUUGAUCCCAAGCUUCUGGACGAUUUCUGCGUGAACUCGCAGACGGUCCUGCUGCUGAGGGUAAUCGCUGCUUUCUGCUUCCUCGGCAUCCUGUGCAGUCUGACUGCUUUCAUGCUGGAUGUGUUUGGACCCAAACAUCCAGCUCUAAAGAUCACCCGCAGAUAUGCCUUUGCACAUAUACUCACAGUGUUGCAGUGUGCCACAGUCAUAGGCUUUUGCUACUGGGCCUCGGAGCUGAUCUUGUCACUACAGCAGCAACACAAGAAGUACCACGGCUCCCUCAUAUACGUCACCUUUGCCAUCAGCUUCUACCUGGUGGCAGGUGCGGGCGGAGCCUCCAUCCUCGCCACGGCUGCAAACCUCUUGCGCCACUACCCCACCGAGGAGGAGGAGCAGGCCUUAGAGCUGCUCUCCGAGAUGGACGACAGCAGCGAGACUUUCCCUGCUGAUUAUGACAUUGCCAAUCAGUUUCAGCCCCCGCCUGCCUACACGCCCUAAUGCCGACAGACUGGCCCAGCUCAUGCUUUUCUCUCCCGGCACAGCUACUUGCUUGAUGUGCAAACCACACUCUUUCUCAAAUGGAUAUAUUUGCAAAUACUUUUGGCAAUGAACACGGCGUGUGCACAGUUAGUGCACAGGUUCUAUGAAUGGCGGUGCUUGGGUGCAUGAAAGCUUUCUUUAGUGGUGACAGAAAUUUAGGAAAUGACUCUUACUUCCACCACUGAAUCGGCUAGUGAUUGCAUGUAAAUGGCUUUUAGGAUCUGGUCCUUACAUGUAAAGAAACCUAAACUGCAAGGAGGGCUUAAAGAGGGCUCAACUCCAGAAAUUGAUUAUGCAGGCCCAGCCUGAUCUCAGCCACUGUAGAAUCAGGAUGAUUGGACUUGGAUGGAGCUUUGUUGAACGGCUUUGUGAUUUAAUUUGAUGUGCUUGCCAUGUGUAUAAUUUUUCAUUGUCUUUUUUUUUCUAGCUACACCAUAAAUUCAGACAUACACAGAUGAGAUUGUUUUAGGCUUUAAUUUUGUAUAAGUAACAAAUGGACCUAUUUAUUGUGUGUGCGGUCUUUAUUUUGCCCAUUUUUCUUUUACUUUUUAGGCAUCUGCCAGUUACUCAUCUGCCCACCUUUGUACUUGAAACAGGAAAGAUGUGAGACAGGUCUUUGUGGUGUUUUUGAAAAGGAUCAUGACAUGUUGUGUGUUGACUUGAGAGCGACGUUUAGCGGCAAACCUCACAGCAAAAGUUGGUGUCAUGUUUAUUGUAAUUGAUUUUUUAAUUUUUUUUUAAGAACCUCCAUUUUACCUGGUGAUUAGCAUUCGUGAUAACUUCAGUAUGUGGUUUCCAUGUAUACGUUCUUUUUGUGCAAAUUUUUAAGAUUUGGUAAGAAUCUUUCAUGAACGUCCCAAAUUAAUUUCCAUUUUAGGCUUGAAUUUGGGACUGAUUGAUACCGUUUUCAGCUUCUUUUCCUCUCAAAUUGACUGUACUUUCAUCCUUGUUUUGUAAAUAUUGAUUGUUUAUACAUAAAGUGGUCACAUUAAAAUAAAUGCCAUAUUUUGCCUCCCACA